GGAUAGGAAAAAGCGGUCGAAAAUGAAUGAAUGAAUGAAUGAAUUAAUAAAAACUAUAACGUGAGAAGUAAUUCUAUUUACUGCUAUUCAAUAUGUAAUAAUAACUAUUCUUAUUCUAACCUAAUCUAGUCUGAUUGUCUAAUUGGUGACUCCAAAUUGUCCAUAGGUAUGAAUGUGAGUGUGAAUGAUUGUUUGUUUAUAUACGUCCUGCGAUUGGCUGGUGACAAGUCCAAGGUGUCACACAGGGUGUAUUGCGUGAAGUCAGCUGGGAUAGGCUCCAGCAUACUGCCGCGGUUGGAUAUUCUUAUUUUUGUUUUUAUUUGAUUUCGUAUAAAUGUAUUGAAAUUAUACGACAUCUUUGAGUAAACUUGAGUUUCUCAUUGCCGGGUGGAGGGACCAUCAAAAUAUAAAAAAAUAUAUCGCCCUAUUUUUUAGUUAACAAACCGUACAGUGAGAAGGGAAAUAUCAGACAGGAUAAGUGUGCAGACGGGUACAUGAAAAUAUGUUUGUGACCUUCUUGGCAGUAGCACAGACUGUUCCUUACAUAACGAAGGGUGAGUGACCCUACUGUAACUAUAGCUACUGACUCGGUAGCAACUCACAUUUUAUAUUUACCCGACAUGUGUUAUUACCAAAAAUAAUUUACAAUCUUUCGACCUUUGUUUUUUUUUUUUUAACAUGUCUGUAGAGACCCAGACCGCUGCUAUAUAGUGUUUAAGAAACUAUACAUCUCACCAAAGUAUAAUGAUCGAGGUUGUUUGAGUGACCGCUCACAAAUGCAGCCUUCCCGACUCACUCAAUCAUGUAUCCAUUAAAGAACACUCACUCACAUGCACACACACAGGAUUUCAAGCUCUUGAAACAAGACCCGUCGGACAGCUGAAUGGGCGACUGGCAGCAGACACGACAGGGAAGCUGUUGCGGGUGGAGACGAGAGAGAGAGAGGCAUGGUAGAACAGCUGACUGGCUGCGGAGGGGGGAGGAGAUGUGGAGGAAAGGACUCUUUGGAGUUAGUAUGUAUUAAGAACAGUACGUGCAUCUAUAAAUGUGGCACAAACAUGGCAAUUUUAUUAUGAGGAAAACCACAAUGAUAAACAUACUGUAGCAUUGAUUCCAUUGUAUAGAGCUUUUCUAUUAAGUCUUAUUAGAUUGUGCAUGUAUACUAAUGUUGUAAAGUAAUUAAAAGACAUGAUUAGUGACUAUUAACACUGGUAAAAGUUUAGUAACUCAGGUUUAAAAAAAAAAUGGAUGAGGUGGUGUCAUAGGUCAAACAGAGGAGAUGAUGGGAGGCGGUGGGAGGACACAGAGGACGUGUCGGAGUGACAGUGGGUGUGGCAAAGCUACAAAUAGCCGUACUUGCUGCUUAGCGUUUCUUCACUUGGAUCCUCUCCCAGUUGCCCAGCAGGACAGUUGGGUCUCAGCCUUUCCAGCAACUCCAUCACCCCACAGAGUCAAACCAGCAGCCAUGAGCAAGUCCUAUUCCUCCUCAGCCCAGUCGGCCUCCUCGUACCGCCGCACCUUCGGUUCUGGCGUCGGAUCAUCCCCGAUGUCUUCCCUCUUUUCCACUCACGGAGGUGGCCGUGGCUCAUCCUCGAGCCAUAUGUCUUCUCGAGUCUACGAGGUGAAGAGCAGCAGCAUUCCCUCCUUUUCCAGCUACAGGGUCUCAUCUGGGGGUGCCGGCCUGGGCGCCUCCACAGCCAUGCGUACCUACGGCGAAAAACUCGACUUCAACCUGGCUGAUGCCAUGAACCAAGACUUCCUCAACACAAGGACCAACGAGAAGGCCGAGCUUCAACAUCUGAACGACCGUUUUGCCAGCUACAUUGAGAAGGUCCGUUUCCUGGAGCAGCAGAAUGCGGCGCUGACGGUGGAGAUCGAGAAACUGAAAGGCCGCGAGGGACCCGGCCGUGUGGCUGAGAUGUACGAGGAUGAAAUGAGGGAGCUGAGGAGGCAGAUAGAAGCUCUGUCCAACCAGCGUGCUCGUGUGGAGGUGGAGAGAGACAACCUGGCCGACGACCUGCAGAAACUGAAGCUCAGACUACAGGAGGAGAUUCACCAGAAGGAAGAGGCUGAGAACAACUUAUCCGCCUUCAGAGCUGAUGUAGACAAUGCCACUCUGGCCAGGCUGGACCUGGAGAGACGCAUCGAGAGUCUGCAAGAAGAAAUUGCAUUCCUCAAGAAGAUACACGAGGAGGAGAUCCGCGAGCUGCAGAGCCAGAUGCAGGACACUCAGGUGCAGAUCCAGAUGGACAUGUCGAAACCCGACUUGACCGCCGCUCUGAGGGACAUCCGCAUGCAAUAUGAGUCGAUCGCAGCUAAGAACAUCUCAGAGGCUGAGGACUGGUACAAGUCUAAGGUCACAGAUCUGAACCAGGCCGUCUCCAAGAACAACGAUGCCCUUCGUCAAGCCAAACAGGAUAGCAUGGAGUACAGACACCAGAUCCAGUCCUACACCUGCGAGAUCGACUCACUCAAAGGCACAAACGAGUCUCUGCUGCGCCAGAUGAGGGACCUUGAGGACCGCAUGGGACGUGAAGCUUCAGGUUACCAGGACACGAUUUCUCGUCUGGAGGAGGACAUUGCCAAGAUGAAGGAUGAUAUGGCACGUCACCUGAGGGAGUACCAGGACCUGCUCAAUGUGAAAAUGGCCCUGGAUAUUGAGAUCGCCACCUACCGCAAGCUGCUGGAGGGAGAGGAGAGCCGAAUUACCACAACUAUUCCUGUCCAGUCUGCAUACUCUUCCAUUGGAUUCAGAGAGACCAGCCCCGAGUCUCAGCCUCAGCGCUCUUCUGAGGUGCACUCAAAGAAGACCGUUCUCAUCAAAACCAUCGAGACCCGCGAUGGAGAGGUUGUCAGCGAGUCCACACAGCACCAGCAGGACAUCAUGUAAGCAGAAGGUGACCACAUAGCCAUUCAUUGCAAAAAAGAUUAAAAAAAAAAAAAAGAGAAACUACAAGCAUCUUCCUAUUACAGUGUAUUGGUUUUUGGGAAAAAAAAGCCUAUUUUUAGAUACAAGAUGAAGCCAUUUUUUAAUAUCCUGCACUAGUAUUUAUGCUUAAACAGGAUUUAUUGUAACUGGCAAAAGCCUACACAGAAGCUUAAAGGCAUGACACAUGGUGAGAGAGAACAGUCAGCGCACAUAUUCCACGUUUUGUUUGUGCAAAAUUAGCAUUUUGUGCCGUUGUGGGCGACGAGAGCAAUGUGGGGAAGACGGUGUUUUAAAAAUGUCAAGCAACAUAAGCGUCUCAUGAAAAAAACGAGAUAAACCGCGAGUGUGACAUUUGAUCCGGGCCGUGUGCUGAGAGCGUGUGAUUGUACGUGCAUGGGCGACUACGUGGUGCCGCUUCACCCUGCCUAAAAAUGUCAAAUAAAGACAUUUAUUACCA